CCGGCGGGCGCGUCUACUGGAGGACCUCCGCCGAAACACUCGCCUCGCUCGAUGUCGGGUCCAUGGAGUUCUCCCAUGUACCCCUCCCGGAGAAACUGUGCCGCUACUUCCCCUACGUUGUAGGGGACACGGAGGACGGCACGACCUGCAUCGUAUCCGUCUCAGCCAAAACCGCUGGCCUUGACAUCAGGGUGUGGUUUCUCAAGGGGGGCAAAUGGGAGGAGCAGCGGAGAGUGGAUGCUUCCCAUAUGUUGGGCGCCGAUCGCAUCAGCGCGGCCAAGGUCUGCAAUGUGACUGCUGGCGUCGUGCUGCUCUCCACCGGCAACAAGCAUAAAGGCCUUGGGUAUGUUGCCUUUAGGAUCAAGGACACACCCGGGGAAGGUGGAACCAAGUUGGCGGAGUUCUUCACCUCUGCUGGAUGGGUGCACCCCUAUUUCAUGGCGUGGCCACGCCCCAGCUUAAAGGCUGCUAAGACUACUAGUGAAAGUGAGCAAAAAGGUGUUGCUGGUUUGAACAAGAAGAAACAAGUGUGACGGAUAAAGAAGCUGGUGUCUGUGAGAGGAAUAAACCAAGUCUAAAGCACUAGAAGCAACGCCUCCGAGUGUUUGAUGUAUUCAAGUGUUCAGUUAGCCUGUGCUCUUUUGUUCUGCUCUUAGCUUGCAAUCGAACCAAGAAGUUGUGGUCAUGUUAGUCAAACUCCACUUGUAGUGUCAAAUCGUGUGUCAUGGUGUCUAGUGAUUUCAGCCGGUGAACUUUCUUCCAACAUUCUGAAGAAAACUUGUGCCGAAUGAUGCUCACACUGUCUCAUAUACUCAUG